AUGGCCCGCAUCUCUGGCACCGUCGUCCCCUCCCUCAACCUCAAAACCAACCCCGGCGAGACCGCCCUGGAGAUUGGCUCCAACAGCCGCAUUGUCGUCCAAUUGCUCGAUGUUUCCUUGAUGGAUGCCACCUCGAUUACCUUGAGCGAGGAUGUCAUCUUGACUGGCGACGACCAGGUCUUCAAUUUUCCGAUCCCCUUUAGCUUGACCUACGUUGCCGACACCAUCCAGCCUUAUCAAUCCUUGGCCAUCGCUGUUAGAGUGUACGAUAUCUCUUCCAGUCCCUCAAGAGAUGAGGAAGGUGAGUUGACUUGGAUUUCUACAUCGAGACACUCGGUCAUCACAAACGGCAACCCCUGCAACAAUGUCGAGGUCGAGAUUGACCCCGUCCCCAAGUACGACGAUGCCCCCAUUACUUCCAAGAACACCCUCACCGGCCAGAUCAAGGCCUCUGCCUCCGUCCCUGCCUCUUCUAACCAUGGCGUCGGACCCAAUGCUAAGAUCAUGAUCAAGUUGUUGGACGUCUCCUUGAUGGAUGCUCCCUCGGUCACCAUUGGCGAGCAGAGCAUCGUUGUGGGUGCCGGUGAGGUAAUCCCUUUCCCUAUCGCCUUCGGUAUCCUCUACGAUCCUAAGGAUAUUGACGACCGCAAAGUCUACUCUGUCAGUGUCCGUGUCGAGGAGCUGCACUCGGACAACUUGUUCUGGAUCUCGACCUGGGUCAACAAUGUCCUUACCCGGGAGGCCCCCACCGAGAACGUCGAGAUUGAGAUUGACCAAAUUAAGUAA